AUGAAAAGAUUGGAAAUUCCUCUUGAUGAGGGUGAGCUGGGCUUUAGGCGUUUGCAAGAUGUAAUACAGGCCUUUCGUUUGAAGAUGGCUUGGAGUAUCCUCUUUGAGAAGAACGAGAGCUUGUGGGGUACUUUCAUGGGUGCCAAAUACAUCUCUGUUUUGCAUCCAGAUGAUUCAAAUAGGCAAUGCUGCUUUACCUCCCCUCUUUGGACUCGUAUUCAGUCCCAAUUCUCCCUUUUGGCUCCUAUUGUUCAGCAGCAGUUAGGAGAGGGAACUUGUCUCCUGUGGUCAAAGAACUGGUCUGGACUUGGCCGACUUAUGGACGUUGUUGUCACUCCCAUCCCAGAGGUUUUGUUGGAGAUGCAGCUAUUGACUCAGUUAGGCAAGUUCACAGUCAGCUCAGUCAGAAACAUUUACAGAUCUCCCUCUCUGCCUAUGGAGUGGUCCAGCCACUUGUGGAGCAGUGUGUUGCUGCCCAAAAUCUUAUUACUGGCGUGGAGGAUCAUACGAAAUGCAGUCCCGGUCGACAGUGCACUGCAGUCAUGGGGCAUACAGCUUGCUUCAGCGUGCGUCUGCUGUGGGUUACAGAAUCCAAUCCAAAAAUCUGUCGAGACCAUCCCUCAUCUCUUUCUCCAUAGCUGCAUGGCGAAGGCUCUAUGGGGUUAUGUGGGGGGCAUCUUCCACAUCCAUAUCUUGCCAGCUCAUUCAUUCAGCCUUCGGAUUGAGCAGUGGAAAAGCGCUUUCUCUGCUUCAGGAAAGAUUUUAGUUGCACAAAAGCUGGCCCCUUACUUAAUUUGCUGGGUGGUGUGGAAUGCCCGCAAUUUUGUGAGGUUUGUUAGCAAAUCGGCUUCCUUUCCCGCUCUGUUUGCUAAGAUAGACUAG